GGGAUUCCACACAGGAAGGUCACACCAUCCCCCACCGUCAUCAGGGUGAAAACCUCGGGGAUUAUAAUGUUGUUAAAGAGGAGUUUAAAAAAGAGGAAGAUCAAUACAGUUUGGAAGAUGUUUCAGAAGAAAACAUAGAGCCAAUAACUAAUGAAAACCCACCAGAGAGAUGUCCCUGUCCUCUCUAUUCACAGGAUUCCACACAGGAGGGUCACACCAUCCCUCACUCUGAUCAAGUACGUAGGUCUAAGGUGAUAGAACAAAGAAAUUCUAAGCUGUGUGAUGAUAUUCUAUGUAAUCACUUUAGUUACUUUUUACAAAUGUACUCGAUCAUCUUUGGGGUUUAGGGUGAAGAACUAAAAGACAUCAAAGUUGAGAUUAAAGAGGAAGAAGAAGAGAUGUUGGUGAGUGGAGAUCAGCAGUCUGUGGAGGAGGGAGAGAUGAUUAUGGAAAGUAAACCGGAGGAAUCUUCUCUACAUAUCAACACAACAGGUGGAUACGAUGUCUGGAACAUCUCCGAAGGUCCAAUUUCAUCUCCAGGUUAUAAUGUAAAAUCUGAUGACAUCACACAACACUUUCCAGGAGAAAACUUUAUUCGUCAGAAGACACAGAGAUCGAUGCAUCCCUCCGAUCCUCCGAAGUCCUCUAAUGUAUCACAUGAUGCGACUCCAGAGACUCAUCUAAGAUCUGAUGGUGCGGAGAGAUCUACAGAUCCAUCCAAUCCCAAAGAAUCUUCCCGAAGCCAUGAAGGAUUUCCCACAGGAGAGAGUUCAUUGUCAUGUUCAGAGUGCGGGAAAUCUUUUACCACAAGCAAAGCCUUUCUCAAACACCAGAGAAGUCACACGGGCGAGCGUCCCUUUUCGUGUUCAGAGUGCGGGAAAUGCUUCUCUGAGAAAUCCAACCUUCUAAGACACCAUAGAAGCCACACGGGAGAGCGUCCUUUUUUAUGCCAAGAGUGUGGAAAAAGCUUCAUCGAAAAAGGAGACCUUAACACACACCGGAGGAUUCACACGGGGGACCGUCCUUUUGUAUGUCAAGAGUGCGGGAAAUGUUUUAUUAAGAAAGGGAAACUCCUUACACAUCAGAGAAUUCACACGGGUGAGCGUCCCUAUUCAUGUCCGGAGUGCGGGAAAUGUUUUAUUGAGAAAGGAAGCCUUGUUACACACCAGAAAAUUCACAUAGAUGAGCAUUCUUAUUCAUGCCAAGAGUGCGGGAAAUGUUUUAAGCACAACGGAAGCCUUAUUAAACACCAGAGGGUUCACACGGGUGAGCGUCCCUUUUUGUGUUCAGAGUGCGGGAAAACAUUCACUGAGAGAAAAUUACUUGUUGCACAUGAGAGAAUUCACACAGGAGAGCGUCCCUUUUUGUGUCCAGAGUGCGGGAAAAGCUUCCCUGAGAAAAGAUUACUUCUUAAACAUCAGAAAGUUCACAUGGCUGAGCGUUCCUAUUCGUGUUCAGAGUGUGGAAAAUGUUUCAAUCAGGAAAGCCAACUUUUUAAACAUCAAAAAAGUCACCCAGGCAAUGGUCCCUAUUCAUGUCCAGAGUGCGGGAAAUGUUACACUGAGAAAGGAACACUUAAUAGACACCAAAAAAUUCACGCCGCUGACAAUCCUUAUUCAUGUCCAGAGUGUGGGAAAGGUUUCACGUGUAAUGCAGACCUUCUUCGACACCAGAAGAUUCACACGGGUGAGCGUCCAUAUUCAUGCUCAGAGUGCGGGAAGUGUUUCGCUGAGAAAAAAGUACUUUUUAUACACCAAAGAAUUCACACAGGGGAGUGUCCUUAUGCAUGUUCAGAGUGCGGGAAACGUUUCGUUCGGACAGAACAACUUCGUAAACAUAUGAGAAGCCACACAGGUGAGAAUCCCUAUUCAUGUUCAGAGUGCGGGAAAAGUUUCAGCGAGAAGGGAAAACUUCUUAGACAUCAGAUGAUUCACUCUGGAGACCGACCGUAUUCGUGUUCAGAGUGCGAGAAAAGUUUUAAUCGGAAAGAUGAACAGGUUAGACACAUGAGACAACACACGGGUAUGCGUCCCUAUUCAUGUUCAGAGUGCGGGAAAUGUUUUACUGGGAAAACGUAUCUUCUUGUACAUCAAAGAACUCACACAGGUGACAGAGCUUAGUCACGUUCGGGGUUCGGGAAAUGUUUUUAUUCAGAAACAAUAAUUACUUAUACAACAGGAAAUGAAGUGGACAGUCAUCAUCUGAGUGCGGGAAAUGUUUCCUUCUCGCUUCAUGACCGCGCCAUAUCCGAAUGACGGCUACAUGGCGGUCGCACUUUGCCGGGAGGCCGUCACAUGACGUGUUCGCUCUCGCCGCACACCCCUAAGCACUGGCAGUGAUCUGUGAUUGUUGUGUCCUUUGGAUGCAGCUGAUCACAGAUCAGGGGAAAAGAGCCAAUCGGGUGCAGCUCUUUACCAUGUGAUCAGCUGUGUCCAAUCACAGUGCAAACAGGAUUUGCCAGUUAUCGUCAAUCUUCUCCUCACGUUGACAGUGUGUGAGGAGAGGAGAGCUGAUAACGGGCAAAUCCACAAAGAAGACAUCUACGCUAAUUAUCAUGUCCUGAUUUAUCAGUGCAGUCUCAUCAGUGCCCAUCAGUGACGUCUGUCAGGGCCCAUCAAUGCUGCCUCAGUGCCCAUCAAAGCUCCCUCAUUAGUGCCCUUCAGUGCUGCCUCGUUAGUGCCCUUCAAUGCUCCUUUAUUAAUGCCCAUUAGUUCAGCCUCAUUAGUGCCCAUUAAAGCUCCCUUAUUAAUGCCCAUCAAUGCUGCCUCGUUAGUGCCCAUCAGAGCU